CAUGGCCGAUCCAAAAACAACAUACAUCCCCGACUCUACGUUUUGUUACUUAGUGGUGUCACCCCCACUCAUACGCAACUUACACCCUUACAACUAUUGGAAGCCCUGGAAAGAUAUCACAUUUAAGAUCAGACUAUUAGUAAUUAACUACAAUGGCUGCAGAUGGAUUUUCAGUCCGUGUGUUGCCCACCAUCGACCCCUCGGUGGGGCACUCUUUCCUCCAGCCCAGCAAGAGAAUCCACGAAACCGAUGAUGUCUCGGAGUUUCUAUGCUCCAGAGCUUAUGUUGACAUUAUGACGUUUCUUCUGCAGCUAAACCGAUCAAUGUUUCCAUCUAGAUUACCAGAUGAACGUGUACAGCCGUGGCCUCUAAAGUCCGAAGUAGUCGAGUUCUCUGCCCCCGUCCGGCGGCUACAGCAGUUACUGCUGAAGCUCGAAGGAUUACUUCAUGCCACACCGGUGGCGGGUGGUGAACGGAGGUUUGCUGAUAAAGGCUACCGCAACUGGCAGGACAAAGUGAAGGAGAAUGCAUCUUCCUUCUUAGAAGAGUGUUUGUCUUCGGAAAUCCUACACGCCCCGUCAUCGGACCCGGAGGGCCCAACAGCAGAGGUAGAGCUAAUGGAGUACUUCUUAGGAAGUUGGGGUAGCCGGGAGCGAAUGGAUUAUGGCACCGGGCAUGAACUGAGCUUUUUGGCGUUCCUGGCGGCGAUCUGGAAGCUGAACGGGUUUCCUAAAAAUAGUCCCGGCGUAGAGGAAAGAGCGAUUGUCAUCGGUGUGAUAGAACCGUAUCUGGAACUGGUGCGAGCUGUUAUCAAAAAGUACAAACUGGAGCCUGCUGGCUCUCAUGGUGUCUGGGGCUUGGAUGACCAUUCUUUUCUUCCUUACAUAUUUGGCUCCGCACAAUUCAGUCCAGCUAUAUCAGACUCGGACCUAGUACCGGAGGUGGGCUCACUACCCGAUGCGCCGGACCCUGAAGGAGUCGCGAAAGCGAACAUUGUAAACAAAGAGCGAAGAGUGAAUAUGUAUUUUUCCGCCGUUGGCUUCAUAUACGAUGUUAAACAAGGUCCAUUUUGGGAGCAUAGCCAAAUGCUAUAUGACAUAUCCGGAAUCCGGGCUGGCUGGGCCAAGAUCAACAAGGGUAUGAUCAAAAUGUACAACGCCGAAGUGCUCUCCAAGUUCCCGGUUGUCCAACACUUUCGCUUUGGUUCGCUGUUCAGCUGGGACCGCGACCCCAGCGCCAUUCCUCCGCCGUCUAGAAUUCAUACCUCAUCCGGACCAGAAACUCGGCCACGACAGGUACCUCCAACUGCACGACAAGACCCGGGCCUGGGAACGAAAGCUCCUUGGGCUACCGCAUCUCAGAUUGUUCCACCGCCAUCAACCGGAACUGCAGCGCCAUGGGCGACUGCAAGAGCUGGUGGGCCAUCUACUACGUCUAGAAUCCCAUCGGCGCUUCCCGAUACUUCCAGGCUACCCCCAGGUCCAAUGGCUCCUACCAGAGCUCCCUGGGCGAGUUCGCAACCAGCUGGGCCGGCCCCUACUGGUGAUGCCAAUGACAUCACUACAAAAGCUCCCUGGGCAAAAUAAUAUGAAGAAAUAUAGUGAUGUGACAAAAGGUUGCUGCUACUUCGUGUCUAUAUGAUAUAACAUACAUACCCUUAUUCUUUAGGUAUACAUAGUCCAAUCAUAUCUGAGAUAGUGU